UCUUAUUAUUCAUUAUAUUGCCGGUAUGGUGGGGAAUAUCAUUCUUCUAUAUUUGAGAAUGCAAUUACUAUUUUCAUUCAAAUUAAUAAUUUUAUAAAUUUGAAAUUUUCCAUUUGUAAACAAUAACAAUUGGUUAAUGGUUUAUCUCAUUGGCUAUGGACAAGAAUGAUCAAAUGCCCGAAGUUAAUUUAUCAAAAGACGGUGAAAUUGAUAGAAGAAUAUUGCAACAAAUAAAAUUUGUUGAACGCCAAAACUUUGUUCGUGUUAAUAGAUUAAAUCGCAUGCGUAAAAACGCACGUUUCACUGGUCUUUUGCUAGGAAGUAUUGCUUUAAGUAUUUACGGUUAUUCUAUAUAUGCAAUCAAACAAGAAUCAUUUUUGGAUGAUUUUGAUGAACCUGAAACAACUAAUAAACAAUAA